CGUCUGAAUGCUGCGACUACACUUUUAUCAGCGAACCAGUGUAACAUUUCUCUGGGCGUAGCCUAAAGCCUGCUCCCCGGCGGGUGGAAUGGCUAUGACGGCGGUGAGAGCGGCGGCAGCGGCCGGGGUCCCGGCGUCUUUGUCCCGCUUCAGGGGAGCGCUGGUGGCGGCUGUGCUGGGAGACUGCAUUGGUGGCGAGUUUGAAGGGGCCGAGGAGGUUCCCAUGGAGAGCGUAAUGCAACACCUGAACGGCCUGGACGAUGAAACGAAAGGAAAUGGUAUCCUUGAAUACAGUGAUGACACUGCAAUGACGCGCUGUGUGGUCCAGUCUCUUCUCAGCAGAGCUGGAUUUGAUGAGCACGACCUGGCUCACAGGUUUGCAAAGGAGUACAGUGCCUCCCCAGGUCGUGGAUAUGGCUCUGGAGUGGUCCAGGUGUUGAAGAAGCUCUCCUCUCCUCAGAUAAAUGACGUAUAUCAGCCAGCCAGAGAUCAGUUUAACGGCCGUGGCUCCUUUGGGAAUGGAGGGGCUAUGAGAGCAGCCCCCUUCGCUCUGGCUUUUCCUGACCUGGCUCAUGUCAAGAAGGUUGCCCGUCUCGGCGCCAUGCUGACACACUCCUGCUCUCUGGGUUAUAAUGGGGCCGUUCUGCAGGCCUUAGCUGUCCAUCUUUCCCUGCAGGGGGCGCUAGCUUUGCCUCACCAGUUCAUAAGCAGACUCAUCACAGAGAUGGAGGAGGUGGAGAGUGAAGAAGCGGCCCUUCGUGAUGCCAGAAUCCUAAAAGAAGCAGAGAAGCCAUUCUGUGAGCGUCUUCACAGAAUCAGAGACCUGAUGGACAGGAGCAAGGUCAGCAUAGAGGAAGUCAUCUCUGAGCUUGGAAACGGCAUUGCAGCUCUCCACUCUGUUCCCACUGCCAUCUUCUGCGUCCUCCACUGUCUGCAGCCCCAGGAAAGCUUCCCGGAGAGCUACAGCGGCCUGGAGAGGACGAUAGCUUACAGCUUGGCGCUGGGCGGUGACACAGACACCAUAGCCUGCAUGGCUGGGGCCAUCGCAGGGGCCCAUUACGGCAUCGAGGCCAUCCCUCAGUCCUGGAUCAGGUGCUGCGAAGGAGCCGACGACGCAGACGUAAACGCAAAGUGGCUCCACGUGCUUUACCACAAGUCGCCACAAGGUGGCAGGAGUGAAACAGAGGACAAGUCUGAAAACGGCACAGAGAAGAAGACUAGAGCUGAAUGAUUCCUCUGCUGGUUGAAAAAAACAUCAGUGUUUUCUAUUUUUGGCUCCAGCUGCUGUUUAGAUGUGUAGGUUUACUGUGAGAAAACGCUUGUUUCUAAAAACUACACGUCAUUUGUCAAGUUUGAACACGGAAGAUUAACAAAAACAUUAAAAUUUUAGAGUCUUAAUAUGAGAAUCUGACACUUCCUGUGAACUUAAGUUAAAUGAAUAAUAUAAAAAGAACUUUUUACACUGUCCUCCUUCCCCGCUGUCCCCUGUUUUGUGCUGAUCAGUGUCUCAUUUGUAGAAACCUGUAACUUGUUUUAUCCUUUUGGUGGUCAUUAAAUUCUUGUAAAUUCA